GCCAAAAACAUAUCAAAGUAGAUGUAGAAAAAAUGAAAAAAAAUUUGUUUGUUUGCACAGUGAAUUUAGUCAUAGUUUUUUUUCCUUCCAGAAAAAUGAAUUCCGAUUCUGAUUCAGAUGAUUCCGACCAAGGAAUACGUUAUAAAACGGAUAGUACAAGACACAGAAUGGUUCUAGCAUCACAUUGUUUGACAAGCAGACCUAGAUCCAGAAGCCCCAUUCACGCAAAAUCAAAAAACCGAGGUCGUCAGCUGCCUCGUCAUUUCCUAGACGAUGAUCCUGAAGACUCAGACCUAGGAUCACAGUUCCCAUUCAGCUUCAAACAUGACGAAGAUUCCUGCGCAGAGCCAACUCAAGAAUCUUCGUGCAUCGGCCCCCAGCUACCUCUUCACCUCCAGAAGAUCAAAGGAGAAAGUUCUUCGUCUUCAUAUGGACCUCAGUUGCCACCUCACUUAAAGAAGCACGAAAAUCCUCCCAGCAUUGGACCCUACUUCCCUCCUCACUUGCGUCUGAAGCUCCAAGACGACGAAUCAGAUGAAGAAAUGGACCAAGACACGUACGGUCCUCUUCCCCCUGGAGCCUCAAUCACUUCAAGCGCCCAACUAGCCCUUGAAGAACGGGCGCUUCAGUUGAAGAUGGACCAGUUGGACCCUAAUAAGGACAGCGUUCCGACUCGCGAAGAGUGGAUGGUGGACUUGCCGCAAGUCAAAGCGGCGAAUUUCGGGUUAGGACCGAGACAGUUCAGGAGUAAGCCCGGUCCUGAUAUGUCCGACAGGUCGUCGUGGACUGACACUCCUAAUACAAAGAACACACAAGGCGAGAAAGUUGAUUUGAAGAGAGAGGCAGAAAUGAGGGAAAUUCGCAAGAGGGAUGAAGAACACGAGAAGAUUGCGAAGUUGUUGAAGAAGAAGAAUAAGCUGAGUUUGGUGGAGAUGCAUCAGACUAAGAUGAUGGAGACGAAAAUGGAGGAGGGUCCAAGCGAGAGGAGACCGUUCAGUAGAGAUAUUGAUCUUCAGGUUAAUCGGUUCGAUGAGGCGCAGAAGAAGGCCGUUUUGAAGAAGGCGCAGCUGCUUGAUGAUAGGUUUUCUAGCGGACAGUCUAAGUUUUUGUAAACGCUUAGGUUUCUGUGUUAAUUUUAAGUACUAUAUGUUUGCGUUUAGCCACCUAAAAAUGUACAAAAGUGUAGCGCAUAUCUCUUUCAACUCAGAUUUUUAACAAUAAAUAAACAAUUGGAA